UUCAGCCACCUGUGGGGUUAUCUAAUGUUUACAUAUACAUAAUGCAAUUUUUUGAAUCCUAAACAUAAAAAUAACUCUUUUGCAAUAACAAUAACCAUGGAGAACCAAAGUCCAAAGAGGGAUGUAAAUAACAAACGAGAAAAUUACUUAAACUGGGACGACUAUUUUAUGGCGACGGCAUUUCUGGCAGCGAAACGAAGUAAAGAUCCAGUCACACAAGUAGGUGCUUGUAUUGUAAACCAAGAAAAUAUUAUUGUUGGUGUGGGGUAUAAUGGAAUGCCCAAAGGCUGCGACGAUGACGAAUUUCCAUGGAACAAAAGCAGCAAUAAUGCUCUAGACAAUAAAUAUUUCUAUGUCUGUCAUGCAGAAUUAAAUGCUAUAUUGAAUAAAAAUAGUGCCGAUGUUAAAAACUGCAAGAUUUAUGUAGGUCUAUUUCCUUGUAAUGAAUGUGCCAAAGUUAUAAUACAAUCAGGUAUAAGUGAAGUAAUUUAUAUGUCUGAUAAACAUGCACAUAAACCACAUACUAAAGCCUCCAAAAUGAUGCUCACAUCUGCAGGAAUCCACCUUAGAAAAUAUAUUCCAAAACAAGAAAAAAUUGUAAUAGAUUUCUCAGAAAUAAACUGGAAUGAUAUGAGCCAAGUCCCACCUUCCCCUGGAAAAAAGCCUCAGGUUGAAAUUAUUACUAAUGGAAUCUCAAAUUUAUGACAUUCAAUAUCUAAUACUAAAUAUAUUUUACAAAAUAAAUCUGAAUUAAAUAUUCCACUUAUUUGUGAAUAUUUUUUGAUAUUACUUAAUAAAUAUUAUUUAUUAUCUGUUAUUUUAAAAAUAAGAUGAAUAAAACGGA